AUGUCAACUUCUGUCACUUGUUUACCUUCGUCUAUUUCAAUGGUUGAACAAUCAACUAGAAUUCCACGAGUUGAUGAAUCUCCGUCAUCAUCAUCCGAUGAUGAUGACGAAAGAAAUCUCAGUUAUGAAUCAGAACGCGAGUCUAAUGAUAUUACAGAAAAUGAAGCAUAUUCUGAGGUUGACGAUGAACUUAACUACGCCCAGUCAAGUAACAAACGUCAUGGCAAUGGUAAUUUGAAACAAAGCGUCAAACGACGUGCUCACUCACCCAAUAAUAGACGUGAAACACGUAUAGGAGACGAUGCUGAUAAUAUUCAUGAACCGCUUCCCGGUGUCGACGAUGAUGCAGUGGACAUUGAUGUUUUGGAAAGAUUACGUAAAAUGUCUAAGGGGGCAGCUAAACGGGUUGUCAAAAAUCCUCGUCCAAAGUUAGAUCCACAAAGAUUGUUGAGUAAUAAAGGCCUGCCUGCUUUACUUGAAGACUUCAAGAAGGUUAAAUUUCGUGGCAAAGGUCACGAGUUUCAAGAUUUAGAUAAGUUAUUAUUUAUCUACGAAGCAUGGGCUAAUCGUUUAGUGCCAAGAUUAAAUUUUUCUGAAGUUGUUGAACGUUUAGAGAAUGUUGGAAAUAAACGUGAAAUACGUGUUGCAUUACAUCGACUUCGUGAUGGUAUAUGGCCACCAUAUGCUACAAUUGAAGAAAAAUUAGAAACAUCAGAAGAUGAUAGUGUAUCAGAAGAAAAAGAUCCAGAAUUAUUAUGGAAAAAUGUUAUAGAAUCUAUUCCUAAGAAUACAUUCAAUACAACAAAUACUUCGUCUAAUCCGAAUGAUGUUUUCAAUGGAUUACACUCUACAGACUAUAAGAAUACUGUUGAUCUAGCUGAUAAUUCUAGUUUACAAUUACCACAAGCAUCCACAUCGUAUAGUUCUGAGUCAAGAGCUGAAAAAAACAAACGUUUAGCCUUGGAACGAUUAGCAGCUCGAAGAGUCUCCUCUAGUAUAUCGAAUAAUGAUAAAUUGAAACCGCCAACAAAUUAUAUAUUAAAGAAUGCAUUGAAAGCAGCUAUCCAUACUAUACCAUCGUCGAAUAAAAGUCCUUAUUGUAUAAAUCAACCAUUCAGUAUUAUAUCUUCAUCAACUACAUCUUUGUUAAAGGAUUCAAUCAAUUAUGAUACAACAAUUAUAAAUAAUCAUGAUGAUGAUUUAAGUCAAUCUGUAUUGGUGGAACAGACUUUAAUAAGCCCAAAUAAUAGUAAUUUUUCAAGUCAAUCAUUACUGCAAAUAAUGAAAUCUCCAGAUUAUAUAGAAGAAGAAUUAAAUCUUGUCAUAGAUUUGAAUUAG